AUGGCUCCUCCAGCUCAACUUCCCCUUCGCCAACUCACAAACGAUGGUCCUAAGAUCCCAGCCAUUGGCUUUGGUCUCAUGGGUAUAAGCAUUGCAUAUGGGCCAGCCGAGUAUGCACAAUCCCUCAUUCCUUUGAACCACCCCGAGACUAACACCCCUAGCUCUGAUGAAGAACGACUCAAGGUCCUAGACCGCGCAUGGGAGCUCGGCUGUACCAAUUGGGAUACAGCUGAUAUCUACGGUGAUAGUGAAGACCUUGUUGGCAAGUGGUUCAAGCUACAUCCCGAGCGUCGUCAGGAUAUCUUCCUCGCCACCAAGUUUGGGUUGAAGGCAACUAAGAAGGGCAUGGUUACUGAUUCGAGUCCUGAACAUGUGAAGGCGAGUAUUGAAAAGAGUUUGAAGAGACUUGGUGUCGAGCAGAUUGAUCUGUAUUACAUGCACCGUGUCGGGGAGGAUGUGCCUAUUGAGAAAACCGUCGAGGCUAUGAAGCAGCUCGUUGAUGAAGGAAAAGUCAAGCACUUGGGUCUAUCAGAGAUCUCUUCCACAACAGUUCGUCGCGCCUAUGCUGUCCAUCCAAUCACAGCAGUGCAAGUCGAGUACAACCCCUGGACACUCGACAUUGAAGGUCCCUUAGGAACACACCUUCUCAAAACAUGCCAAGAGCUGGACAUCGCUAUUUUCGCCUACUCACCUCUUGGUCGCGGCAUCCUUACCGGUCGUUAUCGCUCUGCGGAGGAUUUUGAAGAAGGCGAUGUCCGAAAAGAUAUGAGUCGCUUUCAGGGUGAUAACUUUAAGAAGAAUCUCCAGAUUGUGGAUAAGUUUGACGAGUUGGCUAAGAGCAAGGGAUACACCACCUCGCAGCUAGCGCUGGCAUGGGUUCUGGAGCAAAGCCCAAAUGUUUUUGUAAUUCCGGGAACUAAGAAGGUCAAGUACCUGGAAGAGAACGUUGGAGCAGCAAAGGUGACCUUGAGCAAGGAGGAGGAACGGGAGCUAAGGAAAGUGGUUGAGGAGGCUCAAGUUGCGGGCGGACGUGACCCCUUCUUUGGUAACUAUAUGGAUACUCCUCCUCUGGAGAAGUGA